UCAUGGUCAGUCUGCAAGUGGCCGUCAGAGAGGAAGGGUUGGCGGCCCUCCUGGUGUACUUUCACUUUGCAUAAAGCGAAACGAAUCCUUGAGAAUAAGUGAUAUAUACGACAAAUAGUGUAGAAAACAACACAAUAUGGAGUUUGACGAGUACGAGUCCUUGCCUACGAGUGACGUGGGGGUGCACAUGACGGCGGGAGCAGUGGCAGGAAUAAUGGAACAUUGCGUAAUGUUCCCAAUUGAUUCCGUGAAGACACGGAUGCAGAGCCUGGCCCCUUCCCCCGAGGCAUCGUACCGCACCAUCCGGGAAGGUCUGACCAAGAUGGUGAGCUCCGAGGGUGUCAUGCGGCCACUGGGUGGAGUUAGUGCUGUUAUCAUUGGAGCAGGACCAGCACAUGCAUUUUACUUCUCAGCAUAUGAAGGGAUCAAAUCAAGAUUUAGCUCAAAUAAUGAACUUCAGAACCAUUUAGUAAAUGCUGGUGCUGGCUGUGGAGCAACGAUCCUUCAUGAUGCUGUCAUGGUUCCUGCUGAUGUCAUCAAACAACGUAUGCAGAUGUACAACAGUCCAUACUCAUCCUGUUUUGACUGUAUAAGUAAGAUGUACCAAAGAGAAGGCAUAAAGGCAUUCUACCGUUCCUUCACAACACAGAUGGCCAUGAAUGUUCCCUUCCAUGCCAUCCACAUUGUCACUUAUGAAAAGUUCCAGAGUAUCCUCAAUAAGAAGAGAGAAUACAACCCCAAAGCACACAUAAUAGCAGGCGCCGCAGCAGGAGCAGUGGCUGCCGCCUGCACCACGCCCCUGGAUAUGUGCAAGACUGUUCUCAACACUCAGGAAACAUCUGCGCUCAUCCAGUUACAACAGUCUAGAGUGGUGGGCAUAACUGGUGCUCUUAGGACCAUAUAUUUAAUGAAUGGUAUCCCUGGGUUUUUCAAAGGUAUACGAGCUCGCAUUCUGUACCAAAUGCCAGGAACGGCCAUCUCCUGGAGCAUUUAUGAGUUGUUCAAACACCAGUUGUCAAAAAUUAGUAGAAAUGAGAGUGGGCCUCCACACUGGGACAGUGAACUGAGGAAAGACAGUGUUGUUAGAGAAAGCCGAAGUGAACUUGAGUCAUCCAGUACAAACAUGACUGAUGGAAGGGAAAAGCGCAUCACUCUUGGCCACACCACAAAUAAAACUGUUGAAAGGUUUCGGAGUCUUCAUAUGCCAGCCCUGACAGCGAGCUGUGCAGCUGCAGAUGACAACUUUCUUGGCAAAUAGCAAUAGAUAGAGUGUAACAACUAAAAGACAUUUGUUUUAAUCUUUUGUUAAAUGUCCAGAUCGUGCCUUCAGUUUAAUAUCAUUUGAGGAGAGAGUUGUACAACUUCUUGACUACUUUGUUGAUGAUGCUCUUCUCAUUGCAGUCAGAAGCUUUAUCUACACAAUUUUCCUUUAGAAACAAGUGUGAUGAGUACAAUUGUGCAAAUGGUUCUGAAAACACUAUUAGAAACAUAACCAUUCUCAUCUCUCACUUCAUCUUCAGUAUUAAUCAUCAUAACAGUACCUAUGCAUAAGAGUACAUGCAAGUCAGUCAUCUGUCUUUACUUUUCUUUAUAUAUAGGAUGGAAGGGGUAGAUUGAGGCAUAUAUUGUAAGGCAAAUAUGUGUCCCAUAGAAACAAGUCACAUGUAUAUUGUGUUGUGUACACAAUACCCAGUGCUCAUCUUUUGUAGGAUUUUCUUCACUGCACUCUUUACUUUGCAUGUGAGGAAACUGAAGCUUGAUCAUAGCUGUUUUCUUGUAAUCUUCUGUGUCAUUGUCAUACCUACAAGUAGAUACCUGUAUAAAACCCAACUGUUAUGUCAUGGAGAGAAGGAAAAGUUUUCUGGACAUGUAAAGUAUGACAACAUGUAACUGCUGCCUCUCAAACAUCUCGGUGUUCUAAUAGACAUUCCUCUCUCUCUCUCUCUCUCUCUCUCUCUCUCUCUCUCUCUCUCUCUCUCUCUCUCUCUCUCUCUC